CGUUAUUUCCCAUUUCUCAAUGCGGCUGGUAAAGUGAAUGCUAGGGAUGGGAAAGUUUUUUACUUUAUCUUUUUAUGAUAGUUUGGUCGGGAAAACAUUACAUUUAAUAGCAACUGAGUUAAGAAAGUAUCAUCUAGUCACUUCAUAUAGUCGUGUCUUAAAUAGUUAGCAUGUUUCCAUCUUCUGAUAGGGUAAAACGCAGCCAAGUCUCGUUAAAAGACGUCGUUAGGCUCAAAAUUGCCCCGCUGAGGCAAAGACCCCCGAAGCGAACAGCUAGCAUAUCAGUUGACUCGUCAAAAAAAAUUGAAAACGUGGUUUCUGAGUCAGUUUCAGAGGAAAAACAUGCUUCAGCUCCUCGCAUCAGCACUGAGCUACAGCAGACAUGUUUAGCACAACAUGACCCAGAAAAUGGGACGGAUACACCCAGUGACACCCCUGAUUGUAAACUGGAGAACUGUGUAGGUCCGCAGAGAACGAAGAGGGAAAACGAUAAUUUGUCCUGCAGUGAUAUGGAAGGCAAACAAAACCAGCCGGACACUAGAGAUAUCUAUAGAAAUACACAGCAAAGCCUUAUUGGACCCGCUGGUUCGGAGAGGUCUUUAAGAAGAUCUGUUUGUGCCUCCCACUGUAUUAUUUGUGGCGAAUGUAAAUACAGUUCUCCUCAGUCGAAGAAAUUUAGAAACCAAGACCCAAAAUGUUCCAAACAUACACCUGAAAAGAUCAUUGUUUGGAUAAACCAGUACCCCAAAGUGACACUGUGUGACGUAGCCAAAAAAUGUGAUGCAUGCAGUCACAGGUGUUCCUACAUGUUACCGGAUUUUCUCAAGACCAAGGUUGUGCAUUGCUUCAAGCAGGACAUGAGAGAUGAGUUUCGAUUUUUGCCCAUUUGUUUUGGGCAUGACAAAAGCAAAAGUGAGGAAGCCGCUCUUAGCGUUUCGAGUGAGAACAACAUCUGUGAGCCUCAAAGUCUGACUGAGCACCUGGAGAAAGACUCAGAUUCAGGAAGGCCACCCGGUUUAACCACUCAGCGCUUUAACAACUGGGCAAAUGAAGGCAGUACAGCUUCUUCUGCUGCUUUGUCAAUAGGUAGACAUACCAAGAAGGGGAUGAACAGGACUCGUGUAUGGAGUAGAGAGGUUGAGGAGGACCCCAGUCCAGGACAUGACUCGAAGCUUGUUGACUUUCACAGAAACAAGCGAAUAAAGAUUGGGGAAAACAGCGGCACUUCCAAUCCAGCCAUGAGAGAGGCCUUGGAAACCUGUGAUCAGAGAGGAGUUACCAGAGAGACCAAUGGGACGAAAACGUCACCAGAACCCUUCAGUGAGACGGACGAGGAGAACUCAGAGGAUCCAGAGACAUUCACUUGCCAGAGAGUAAAGGGUUACAUAAGAAAAACAAGUUUUUCAUGUGCACGUACAUCCAUGGCUUGGCCUUUUUUAGGUAGUAGCCUGACUCGUAAGGCUCGUGCUGCUACCUCAGAGUCUUUAACAGAGUUUACUGAUCCCAAACCAAAGGAUGGUCACUCCAUUAAAGAGAAUCUAAAUCAGGCUGGAUCAUCCAGCAACCAAGCCAAAAGCAUAUUCCCAGAUGCACCCUUACAAAAGCAAAGACAGGAUGAAGAAAGCAUUAUAGAAGGGACAACAGAGAAAAAACCUUGUAUUAUGUGCACACAUCCGCAAAGAUCAAAGACCGAAAUCUCAGUGCACAAUGUGCUGUCUGAACAGUCACAUAGCAGUCUUUGCCUGGAUGCAAUUUCAUUUUCUGUCACAAAUGGAAAUCAAAGAGAGCCUGGCGUUGAUGAAACACCCACUUCACCUUUACUAGUUAAUGGACUUGGAUCCAACAGCUCCAUGUCGACCCCGUCCCCCUCAGCAUUUAGCCUGUAUGGCUGGGAAACUGCAAAGGCUUUGUCUCCUACACCUUCCCCCUCACCUUCAUCGUUCCUCCCAGAAAAAGUCAAGGAUUCGGAAAGUGUAGAAAAAUCUCUGUUCUACUGUGAAGAAACCCAAAUGACUUCUUGUAGCUCUUUAUCCUCCGGUCCUCAACGCAACUCUGACUACUUUCAUUCAAAUGAAUCCUCCCCAUUGCUUCCUCAAGAUAAACACAAGAAUAACAAGUUUCUCCCUGAGAGAAGCCCACCAAAGCUGGAACCGUGUUACAAUAUAAGCCCCUUUGAACACAAGUGCUCACCAUUGUGCGACAUAAAUGGGCAACACUGUGUGGAGAUUGACUCAAAUGAGUUUAUGUUUCCACCUGUGCUCUCUCCUGUCACUUCACCACGAAGGCACUUGUGGAGUGCAACCCUCUCGAGCCAAAGCUCAAGCAGUUCUGAAGAGGAGGAGGAAGAAAUGAGCAUGGAUGCCAACAGAAGCAAAACAACCCAACGUCAGAUGUCAUGGGUUGUUGAUGGCAGCAGUGACAACUCCAAGGAUCUGCUUGAAGAAAAGAUUUCAACAAAUUUUAAAACUGUUACUGACAGUAGUCCGGUGAAAUCCCAGUCCUCUCCCAGCAGCGAUGAAGAUGUGAGUGACUGGAACAAAGAGGAAGGCCGAGAUGAAUCGGAUCAGGAAGAUGAUGUAAAUCAGGAUGAACGAGGUUUGGAAAUCAAGACAACGCUUGGCUCAGGUGUUCUGACUGAAGCCCACUCUUCUCCCAGCAGUGAUGAGGAUGAUGAAGAGGAAGAGCAGAAUUCAGUCAGAGCAGUGGGGUCAAGCCCAUCAGAAAUAGAGAGAGAAAGGGAUAGAACUGAAGCGGGGGAAGCCGAUGAGUCUCAGCCCAGUGUUUUGGAUGAGGUCACAGCUUAUGAACAUGAUAUCCUGCUAGUCAGUAUGAUCCAGGAAGACCCGGAGCUGUUCAGAGACCUGCCGGAGGAAAGUCUGCUGAGGCUGAGUCCUGCCAGAGCUGCCAAGGCCCCGAAGAAGAAACCCUCUCCACCAGUAAAAAUGUCACAGGUGGAGUUAGAAAGAAGAUUGGCAUCUAGCGAAGAAGACUUUGACUGCACUAGCUCUGAUGUCCCAGAGGAGAGCAACAGGAGGCCAUGGAGACCUCGGAGCACCACCAACCCUACCAAAACGCAGGACACAUGCCCUGCCUCCGACAAGCAAGCUAGACACAUGUUUCAGGCCGACACCAACAACAAUCAUGUAUACGGCGGCCUGGAAAGCAACAGGAAUCAAGCCAUCUGCACAGUGAGCUCCCCUCACAACAUCACCCCAGUCAUGGGUGUCAGAACUGGUACGUGGAUCAAAAACUCAACAAACGUGACAAAUUUCAGGCAGCAGAAAUCUAACGCUUACUGCAGACAGUAUUUCAGUGAGUCUCAGUCCUGUGUGUUCAAGAAGUGUCGCUUCCAACAUCUUCCUUUGGAAGGAGAUGAGAAGCUUUGUAUUGACACUGUGAUCCGGUUCACCAAAAAUCCAUUAUGCCUUCAGAGAGCUGGAGUUGUGUUUAUAGGAUAUUACCAGAACAACCCACCUGGAGCGUAUUUCUCCAAGUCGGUGCUGCGAUCCCUCCUGUGGGCCCUAUUUAAAGCUGGCAUGGUGUCUAAUGUCAUCUCUGUCCUGAAAGUCAGCGUGGCAAACAGUAUCGUGCCCGAGCACCAGUUUUUGCUGGACUUUUUUAGCUUUGUGAGAGUGAAAGGUCUCAUGAGCAUAGCGCCUGAACUAAUGCAGCUCACAUUAGAGAUGACCAGCGUUGGUUUGGAGCUGAGCUUGGAUUGUCUUGACUGCAUAAAAAAUGGCCCAGUGUUCCAGCAUGCAGGUCCUCCAAACUCACCUGUUGCUGUUUCUGCCAAACAACAGUUGUCCCCCACUGCGCCUCAUCCAGAGUCCAUAAAUUUAACCUGUGCCAUCAUUGAAAUAGAGCUUUGCAUCAAGCAAGAAGACUGGAAGCGGAUGGGUGAGGUUUUUAGGUCCAUUUGCCAGUUCGGCUACCAUCCUAACCAAGUGGAGCGCGUCAGUGGUCGCGUCGCCAUAGCACUUCUGUCUGGGAGCAAAGACAAGCUGUCACUGCCUUUUGCUGGCUUUGCAGAGACGGUUUGUCAGAAUGAAGACAAGGGCAGCUUGAUCAAGAAUUUUGUUGGUAGAAUUGGAGUCUCUUUGAUUUUGAGAUACCACAAAACUAAUCACUGGGCCAAGGGUUGCAGGGUGGUGGAGAUAAUGUCCUCUUUAAAGGUCAACUUUACAACACUGAAGAGUUUUUUUGGGAAUGAGGAUGGAGCAUCACGCUGCUACCUGGUCACCGUGGCAGCAGAACUUCUUCUCCUGAGUGGCAGCGUGGAGGGUGCUCUUAACAUACUCCGAGAAAACAAAUGGUUCCUGAGUUCAUGCUUGUGGCCGUGUGAGCCUGCAGACCUGGAGAGCAGAACCCGUGUGUUGAUGCGUCUGGCUGAGAAAACCUCCCACAGAGACACACUGGAGGUGCUCUGUAAUCUGCCUGGAAUUAAAGAGCCAAAUGACUCUAUAAACAUCUCCAGCUACAGUCCUCUGUUUAACUCUCACCUGCAAGUGUGUGUGGACAAAAACAUGCUACCUGUAGCUUCAGACACAGUGGACUUCAUGCUGUGUAACAAGCUGGCCAUUGAAAACUCUGUACUGCAGACACUUGUACACAAACUGGGAAAGCAAAACCUCUGGCUGCGGGCUCGGGAAGUCUUUAAACACUCUCUGAGUGUGGGCUACUACUCUGGAGUAUCUGCUCCCCCUGGUUUCAUGUCCCUCAUCGUACCCUGUGGACUUGUAGAGGUGGAACUGGCCCUCAUUUUUGAGAUGCUCAUCACUGUCAAUGCGUCGGUCAUUCUCUCUCUUCCGGAGACAACCGCUGCUUCUCUCAGCAUCACUCUCAAAAGGACUCAAAGCUGUGAGAGUGAGUACCUUUCAGCAGGCAGCUGCCUCCUCUCUGCAGCUGGCAUCCCUCAGCCCAAACUCGCUGUCCACUUCACCACAGUUAACUCCUCACAGGAGCAAGUGUUCAGGCUGGACGUUUCCUCAGCACGCCGUUGGAUCCGACACAAUCAUUUAUGGUCCAGUGAAAUCUGGGCACACUAAACGAAACCUUUUAUUUCCCUGCCCUCGCUGAAAAUAUGCAAAAUAGCUUAUGUUCAACAGCUGUUAAUUGGUGAAGUCCCUGAAAGCAACCAAUGAAAUCAGGAAAUCUAGUGUACUUUUCUGUUGACUCUACACGUCCUGGUGGUCGUGUUUACAUUUAGCCAUUGACUGAGACACCAAAGAUCCCAACCAAAGACUGACGCCAGAGCUUUACACUAUGUUUUCUGUUUGCAUUGUUUUAAGGUCUGUUUUAAGUUAAUUUGGUGUUUACAGUAUUUUUCACUCAAUGUUCAUGUGAUUUUUUUUUUCUUUUUUUUUUUUGAAAAUUAUUUUUGGGAGAAGAGCCAGUAUAAUUUGUACGGAGUCAUUGUUACAGUGUUGGGUUAAUUGUAAAUAGACUUUGGGUGUAAAUGAAUAUAUAUUUAUAACAGUGUUUAGUCUACAGCAGUAUUAUGUUAUUAAUUGUCAAAUCCUCAAUUGUUACUUGUUCAGAAGCUGUGAUUUACAUUUUCAUUUUAUGAA